GGCCAGCCCACCAGCCGCCACAGCUCGCCGCCACUGGGGGAGGAGGAGGAGGAGGAGGGCUCUCCUCGAGCGUCAGUCCCGCAGAGUUGGUUGGAGACCCUCUGCGCUGUCCCCCCCCCCCCCUCGCCUUUUGGCGACGUGGUGCCCGGUUGCGCUCCAAGCCCGGGAGGAUGUGGCGGCGGCGGCUGCUGCUGCUGCGGGUCGCCUCCUGGCUGCUCUUGGCCGGCGGCUCGCGGGCUCAGUACGAGCGCUACAGCUUCAGGAGCUUCCCUCGGGACGAGCUGAUGCCCCUGGAGUCCGCCUACCGCUACGGCCUGGAUCAGUACACCGGCGAGAACUGGGCCGACAGCGUCAGCUACUUGGAGGUCAGCCUGAGGCUCCACCGCCUCCUGCGGGACAGCGAGGCCUUCUGCCACCUCAACUGCAGCUCCGUCCGCAUGGAGGAGGAGGAGGAGGAGGACCAGGCGGGGCGGCUGCAGCCCGGCCGCUUCCAGGGCUUCCCGGAGCUGCGCUACUUCGGGGAUUUGCUGCGCAGGGCGCAGUGCCUCAAGCGCUGCAAGCAAGGGCUGCCGGCUUUCCGCCAGUCCCAGCCCAGUCGGGAGGUGCUCGAGGAAUUCCAGCGCCGCGAGCCCUACAAGUUCCUGCAGUACGCCUACUUCAAGGCAAAUAACUUUCCAAAAGCAAUUGCGGCAGCACACACAUUUCUUCUGAAGCACCCUGAUGAUGAGAUGAUGAAAAGGAACAUGGCAUAUUACAAAAGCCUGCCUGAUGCUGAAGACUAUAUUAAAGAUUUAGAAACAAAGUCAUACGAGACUCUGUUUAUCAGGGCUGUGAGGGCAUACAAUGGAGAGAACUGGAGGACUUCCAUCACAGAUAUGGAGCUGGCACUUCCGGAUUUCUUCAAAGCCUAUGAAGAGUGCUUAGCUGCUUGUGAAGUCUCACGGGAGAUCACAGAUUUUAAAGAGUUCUAUCUGUCUGUAGCAGAUCAUUAUAUCCAAGUUCUAGAAUGCAAAUUGAAGUGUGAAACUGAUCUGACACCCGUUAUAGGAGGCUACAUAGUGGAGAAAUUUGUGGCAACCAUGUACCACUAUUUGCAGUUUGCCUAUUACAAGUUGAAUGAUUUGAAGAACGCAGCCCCGUGUGUCGCUAGUUACAUGCUCUUUGAUCAGAAAGAUGAAGUGAUGAAACAGAAUUUAGUCUACUACCAGUAUCAUAAAGACAAAUGGGGACUGACAGAUGAAGACUUCCAGCCUAGACCUGAAGCAGUUCACUAUCACAACAUAACAACACUCCAAAAAGAGAUGUAUGAAUUCGCUAAAGAACAUGUGAUGGAUGAUGAUGAGGGUGAAGUGGUAGAAUAUCUCGAUGAACUUCUGGAACUAAAUGGUGGAACACAGUGAUUCUUAACAAACUUUUUAAAAAAUUAUGUUUUUCAAGAAGCGGAUUACACCAUUGCUCUUUCACAUACCGAGUUAUUACGUGUAGCUCAGGUGUUAGAAAUACCUCAGAUCUUUAUGAUGCUUGCUUGUACGACAUCCGGACUAUCCUGUAAGUUUUCACCAUGCCACACCAAGCAAUUUUUGUCACCCCAGGUCACACUUGGAGCUUUCUUGUUCUUUAUAGCAGAAUUUUUAAAUACUCUGUUAAAAUUUUUGUUCCAUUCAUUCUGCUCAACAGAAUGGCUUAAGUCAACCAGAAAUGCUUGUUUUUACCCCAACAGAAUAUAAUCAGAGGACAGAAGGAUAAAGACAGACACACCCUGUUCAUCUUCAAAAGUAUAAUGUACUGUUUUAUAUGUUGCAAAUUGGUUUAUUCUAACAAAUUCAUUAUCUGACCCAGUCCCUAGGAGUCUGUGGAGAAAUGUGGGGCACGAAUAUUUUAAUAAUUAAGUUGAUUCUCAAAGCUGCAAGAACUUACUCCGGAGAAUUAUGCUCUUUUUGACAUCUGUGGAGGAAAACCAUAACAUAUCUAAAGGGUACCAGUAAAUCAAUCAGGUCAUCCCUUAUGUAAGAUUUCAUUUUAACAUCCUUAAGUAAUGCCUCAGUUAUGUCUCGUAUCUUCUUUCCAAUUAUAAGAUACUCUGAAGGGACAUAGGGGUGAGUAAAAAAAAUCUCUUGAAUGUAAUUGCAAUCAUUGAUGAACCUGGUUUUGAUGUUCAUCAUAUGCAAGGCUUGGAGAAAUGUAUUUCUAGUUCCCUGCUUCUGAUGUAAUAUUGAUAGUGCAUAUCUUAUCCGCAGCCAGUACUGUGAAUCAUUCUUCAUAGAUUACAUCAGAAGUGAGGAAUUAGUUGCCUUUUUCCAACUAGACAUAAUCCCCAGUUACUAUGUAAAACUAACAACGUGGAAAGAACAUAUGAAGCUGAUCCUGAGUGGUGGGUUCUGGUUUCAGAAAAUAAGAAACUUCCUACUAUCUCUAGAAUCAAUUCUUUACCUACAUGACUGGUUCGUCUACAUUUUUUCUAUUUAUUCCAGCAGCAAUUCUGGUUGAAAAAGUAAUGGAAAUCUGUUACAGGUUCACAUGCAGUAGCACCUUGGAGACCAACAAGAUUUUCAGAAAGAGAGCUUUCAACAGUCAAAGCUCAAACACUGAACAUUUUGUUGAUCUCCAAGGACUUGCAUCUGGAUUUUCUACGGCAGACCAACACAGCUAACCUAAGUUUGUCUUCAGGACAAACAAGUGAUUUCUGACGAGCAAACCAGCCAUGGUUUCUUACAAGGAUAACUGCAUUUAACUAAAUCCCUCUGCCUUAAUGAUUCAGUGUAGAACACACGUUCAGGUUUAUGUUUUUACUGUUAAGACUCAGACCCUGAUUGUAAUUCCAUUUGUGAAUUUGCUGUAUUCGUAUUAAAUGUGCAAGCAGUUUUUA